UUGUAGAUUAUAAGUUAAAUGUAGGUAACUUUAUUUCAUUUACCAAUUAAUUAACAAUAAAAAAUGGUUAAUUUAAAAACUAUGCUUUACAUAUACAUUUUCAAAGUUGUGAAAAUGUCAUUGAUUCGUUGACUACUGACAAGUUCUGCUGUAGGGUGAAGUCUAUGGAUUUACAGAGAAAUUGUAGCAUGUGCCAUAUAGUCUGCCUUGUCACAUUUUCUUUCUCUUAUGGGAUAGGCUGUCAGUUUUUGAAUAGCUGAUUAUCACUUCACUGCAGUUUAUAUAGUGGUACAUUGUCUUUUGGUAUGAUCCAGUGGAGAAUGCCUCAGAUUUUUUUCAUUAUAUUCUGUGCUUAUAUAUUUGAUUUAUUUUGAUUCCAAACAUAUAGUCUUCUGUAUUCUGUAAUUUAUCAAAUGUUUCUAUAACUGUUUUAUUGUAUCAAUGAAUAUGUUAGUUUCAUGAAGUUUUAGAAUAACGUUCCUUGACCAUUGUGGAAAUCUCAAUGUUGAUGGUGCUUUACACUUAGUUGAUCAUCAGUAGAAAAGUUUGCAUGAUUAAUUAAAAUUAUUACAAGAUGCAAGCUUUAAUAAUUUAAAUUAUCCUUAAAAUGAAUUACAUUCAUAUUUAUAACAUGCAUUAUUCAAAAGAAAAUUUUUUUUACAGCUUAAUGUUCAAAUUUUUUUCUUUCUUUUUUCAGUCUCUUUUUCCUUUUAUUGUGAAUGUCAGCAGAUGGAAAGAAUGGGAUCCUUUAUAUUGUUCCAAGACUCUCCAUGUAAAAUCCUUCCAAUGUCAAAACAUGUCCAAAGAUCGGUACAUGAUAGCAGAUGAAGUGGUAGAGACAGACAGCCAUGGUCAGUCUUCUGUUAUGUAUAGGUUUCAGAGUGCAGAAUGGGAGAACAUAAGUUGGGUUUUAUUUUGGAAUGUUGAGAAACUUGAAUUUAUGUUUUUCUUAAUGCAGCCUGCCAUUUGUAAAAAUGAAAAUGUUUGUUUGCUUACUCAUAUUGUUGGAUUGAAAGAAUUUCAAAACCUUUCUGCUACAUUAAUUGUUGAAAGAAUGAGAAAUAUCAGAGAUAUGAUCACUUUAAGUCAAAUAAACAUACUGGAAAUUAAAGCUUCAUCAAAUCUUUCUACAACUAUAAAUGAAGCAUCUUCUAGUAGUUUAAAAAACCUUCAGAACUAUAACCAAGAAUUAUCAUCUGAUGCAGUUUUGGAGUCAGAAUCUAAUGAUAACAAUUCUUGUAGAGUAUUUAUGCUAGUACCAAUACUAAGUCAUACAGGAUUUAAAACUCUAGAAGGUUUUUAUUUAAUGGCUAAAAGUGUUCAACCAAGGUUUUCAAGAAGGCAUAGAGCAAAGGAAAGUACAUCCAAGUAUGACAAACAGCCUAAAACUAGAUUAAGAAGAGCAGCAUCUGAUCUUGUCUUGAAGCCAAAAACUUAUGCUACAGAUUUAAACAGAAACUCUGUAUUUUAUGUUGAUAUUAAAGAUGAUAAAAUAGGUUUAAAUGAAGAAUUAACAAAAUCUGAUAAUCAUGAGAAAUGUACAGAUACUUACAGAGAAGCUUCAAAACUAGAGAAAGCUAGUAAAAUUGAUGACGUUAAAAAUAUUGGUCCAAGAGAUUCCUUGAGAAGUUUUUCAGAAUCUGCUCUUUCUAACAUUAAUAGCAACAGAGAAUUAAUAUCUUUAAGUGAUUCGCAAGAACAUAUCAGUAGUCCCCAGUAUGAUACAGACCUGAAUGAAGCAUUUAAUGUAAUGACUGAAAGCAUCGAAGAAGAAGACAGUUCACUGAUAGAUGAAGAAACUCAGAAUGACAUUUAUUGUUCAUCUGUUUUAGGUUUUGAAAUAUUGGAUUACAAUCGCAUUUCAAGUUUCAAAAUUGUUGAUUUUGUCACUCAGGGCAAUUACGGAGCAUCAGAAUUACAAGCUGAGGUGUUAUUAGCAUCUCAGAUGUAUGCAAGUUGGAAUAAAGGAACUAUAAUAAAUGCUAAUGGCUGGUUUCAUUAUUCCACUCAUAAAGGAAUACCUGUGCUUUCAAAAACAACUUCUAGUCAGUGUUUGAAGAUUUCAAGUUUCAUGUGCCAGCUAAUUAUACCAGUCAAGCCUAAGGAUGUUUGGAAAUUUGUGAAAAAUCCUAGGUUCCGUUUUAUUUGUGAUAAAACUGUGAAGUCUGUAGACAUCAUUGAAAAAAUAUCAGAUUCUCAGAAAUUAAUUCAUACUUACCAUGAAACAAGUGGCAUUAUAUGGAAGGAAGCUGUGGAUUUAUGUCUCUUACAAACAGAGAGAGAAGAGCCAAAUCGUUAUUAUUCUGCUUUUCAUUCCAUUGAGUAUGAUAAAUGUCCUUUUAUGAAUUCAGUUACCCGAGCCAGUUUAAUGCCAAGUGGCUGGGUUGUAGAAGAAGAUGAAAAGGAUCCUAAAAGAAGUAAAGUUACUUAUCUAAUGCAGGCUGUGAACAUCAGUUCUGGUAGCUUAUUUAUUCAGGAAUUAAGUACAUUAGUUCCAGAAUCACUUUCAAACUUAAAAAAUUACACUACCUCACAACCAGUGUGAUAUUUUAUAUGCAAAUUAAAACAAGGGCUACAAAAUCGUCUGACAGAAGCAAAAAAUGUGGCCUGAAAUUUGGGGUGUGUCAAACUGAUAUGUAUCAAGAGUUAUGGAAUUCAUAUAGACUGUAUGUAUAUACUUAUUUGUAGCAGUGGAAGAUCUGCAGUAAGAGUGAAGUAAAAUUAUAAAAAUUUUUAAGGUUAGGACUAGAAGUUUGAAAAAUCAAAGUUCAAGAGUUUCUCUUUUCCUUUUCUACAAUCCAAAGUUCCUGAGAAUGAAUAGCUUACUAUAUUAAGCUCAAAUCUAUCAUGUACAAUGAGUGUUAUUAUACUUUUAUUUUGCUGCUUAUUUCAGAAGUGAAACAAUCAUUUUUUAAGAAACAUGAACUAUUUUGUAUACUUUUUUUGAUACCAGUGAAGCUUUUUUAUUCAUUUGAAUGUUUUGUAUUGUAAAGACUUGUAUACAGUAUUUUAUUGUACUUGAGAACAAUUUUUCACAAAUGCCCAACUGUAAAUAACAAUGUAAUGGAAAAUUAAAAGUUUCAGUUUUCUUUUUCUA